AUGAAUUCCAACAAAUCCAACGCGCACCGGAGGGAUCUCGGAUGGAUUUCUGGGGAUCCCUUGGGUGUCGCCGAGAUCACAGACUUGACCAUCAAAGCAGAUGCCGAAUGGGUGAAGAAACGCAUGGAUGAGGUGUGGCUGGGAUAUUACAGCAUGAGACAGAAGCUAUCCACGGUGACUGAGGAGGGAAGCAGCUUUCCAGCAGCGGCAGGCGGCCUAGAAGAGCCGGAGGCGGCCUCCUGCAACAUCUGGGAGGUGCCGUUGGUGGAGGAGGACGUGCACUUCACCAGCGACUGGCGGUCGCAGCUCGGGACCAAGAUCAGAGAUCAUCGCAGCGCAAAGAUUUGGAGCUGUCGGGGUCAUGAGAUUCAUGUGUUCCAACGACAGGAACCAGAGCCUGAGGACUUUCCGUUGAAGGUCUGCUUCUCUGAGGAAAGCCAGGCACAGAAAAAGUUGAAGCUGGAUGAAUCUGCCAGUCAGGCAAGUCAGGAAGCGAAGAAUCGCCUGGCGCAAAAGCUGCAACCAUAUCGUCCGCCCCGUUGGCAGAUGGAUUGCAAAUCGAUCGUUGAGACUCUCUUCAACGAGGAAAUGGCUGAAAAGGAGCUGAAGGUCCUGUACGAGCGGCAAGCCUCAUAUCGCCCGCCCUGGCGCAGCGGCAUUCCCGAACGGGGCAGUGAGGUGUGCCCUGAGAAGACACCGAGAAUAGGUUUGAAGGAGCGUGCGUCGAAGCUCACCAGCCCUGCAGCUAUCGUGGAGGCGAUGGAACAGGUCAUCACGGACUUUCAGGUGCCACCCGAGCGAGAAGAUCGUGUCUUGGACCAGACCCGCAUCCGUCUGAAGCGCAUCGUGGCAGAGGCAGAACGGGACGGUGCGGAAGAAACCAUUCGAAAGAUGCUGGCUGAAAGCUCCUCCACCCCCUCCAUCGAUGCGGUGGCGGCUCGUUUCAAGCGGGACUUCGGACCCGUGGCGAGUGUCGUAGAGGAGGAACUCAAGGUGGCGCGAAUUCGUCGCGUGCAGUUUCUCGAGAUGGAACUCGAGACUCGAUGGUCCCGUCCCUUUGCCGGGCCUUUGCCCCCGCAUUCGCGCGCGGCACGACGGUACGAACUCGAGCUUGGCAAGAAGAAUCCAAAGGUCAUCGCUUUCGUCACCGAAGAAGCGCGGCAUGCGGCCACGUUGGAGGCGGAUUUCGAGGUGGAAUUGUCUGACCUCAGGGCAAAGGUUCGUGACCUCACCCAGAAGCGCAUGGAAGCACGUGCGCGAUCGCUGAUCCAGGACUUUGAUGAGAAGCUCGCUGAUGCCGCCGCUCAAGUGCAAGAGGUCAUUGACAGAGCUAUUCUGAACAUUGGACCUGAGAAUCCUAAGGUGAUCAAGCGCGCGAAGGAGUUGUUGUCUCCCGAUGCCCACAGCACGCUCUUCGCCCUGCAAGCGGAGCACACCGCGGAUCAGCUACGCGCCGAGCUGGCCGUGGCCGACCCCAGCCCCGAAGCGGGCGACCGCCGCCGGGGCUGCGCCAUGGCGCUGGCGGCACUGCUGGGUCAGCUGAACCGAGAUCACCCCCUGCAGGCCAAGUUGCGCGCAGAGUUCGCGCAAGACCUUUCUGAGAUCGCCGGCACCGGCGCGGCACGUGAAGCCCGUGACGAAACGGCGCCGCCGCUGCCGCCGCCGGAUGAAGGACCUGGCGAGGUGACACCACCCCCGGUCACCGACACGGAAAAACCCGGAGCUGGAGAAUCUGAGGGCCCAACAGGCCCCACGGAUCUGGAACUUGCCAUCCAGAUGGAUGAGGAUCCCUUUAAGCUGGAGCCCACGCCUGAAGAAACCAACCAGGCGCUCUUUGAGGCUGGUGUGCGUCAAUACGACGAUGAUCCCAACUUAGACCUGCCGGACGAAGAGCAGGACCUCUGGGGCGCUCCCAAAGGCUUUUCCGAGCUCACCAGCAUCAACCACGAGGUCUUAGACUCCACACGAAAGGCGUUGGAACCUGAGUCCCGAUAUAGCUCGGCUAAGACCCGGUCUGAGACCUAA